AUGGAGGAAAUACGAAUUGAAUUUUGGGAGGUAUUUCCAUAUCGAGCAUGCGAUAUUAAAAGGAAAGGUUACGAUCGCACACUUAUCGAUCAUAUUGCUAUCGUAUUUUUUGAUGAUUUAGAACCAUUUAUUACAGGAUGUGUUUCAUUGGAUAAUCAAGUACGUUUUGCCGAAAAAUCAGGUGCAUUGGGUUUGGUUGUUGGACCAGAAAGUCGUAUAGUAGCACAAAUUGAUAAGACACAACGUGGUCGUAUACCGGUUGUAAUGUUGGAUGAUUUAGAAACAAAACGAUUAAAGAAGCAAUUAAACGAAGCAACACAUAGUGGUUCUGUAAUUCGUAUUGCCUUCGAAUAUGUUGAUUUUGAACCUCAAUAUACUUUACGACUACAGAUAUUUCGACCAACAGUAUUAAAUAUUGGCUUAAUUAUACUACUAAUAAUGCUAAUUAUGUUUAUCACUGGUUUGGUAUAUAUCAAAAUUCGUUGGAGGCCUACAACACAUCGUGAUAUUUGGUUGCGUACAUUAGCCAGAGCAGCAGUGAACAAAAUGGAAAUCCGGAAAUUUGAAAAAAACGGUAAUUUUGGAGUAAAUAAUGGUAAUAAGUUGCAUAAAAAACGUUCAUUACUAUGUCUUCCAUCAAAACGACGUUACUUACCUGUAUUUGGUUCACUUACGUCUGUUGCACGAAGUUAUAACGGUCAAGAACGUUGUAGUAUUUGUUUGGAAGAAUAUAAGGAAGGACAAGAAUUACGGGUGUUAUUUUGUGGUCAUGAAUUUCAUCCAAAAUGUGUCGAUCCAUGGUUAAUUAGUAACAGGCGUUGUCCAUUAUGUCAGUAUGAUGUUGUAUAUAAAGAAUAUCCUAAAACGGAAUGCAAAACGAAAAGUUAUCAAGCAAACUGUCAAUCAGUCUGGGAUUUACCGAAUGGUCCAAGUGUACCAUUGCUGCCAGUAUUAUCGGAACAUAAUAAUGAUCCAAUGAUUACUACAACAAAUACAACCGUUACUUCUAAUGCAAUCACAGCUAUCCAUCAUACCUUCACAAAUGCUUAUAUGCAAAUACAACCUGAAAUUCAAGCUUUAGCAGAAGGGAAUACUAGUAAUAAUACAAUUGAUUCUAAGAAAAGGCAUCAUCGUCGAAGAGUAGUGGAAGAUGCUCACAAUUUUCAUCUUUGUCUUGGCAACAAUGGUUCAUCAUCAUUUGCUUGUCCACAACUUGUCCAUAUUGGAUGGGAUGAUAGCCGAAAGCGAAGUAGACGAAAAAUGAUCAAUGCAAAAUCAUCGAGGCGUUGCUUACAGAAUCGAUCUCGAUCAUUGGGUGCAUAUCAACGAAGCCAAAUUCAAAGGCUACAUAGGCCAAUAUUUACGACAAAUUUGGCUACUACUAUUGCUGCUUCCUCUCCUUCUUCUUCAUCAUCAUCUUCUGCUGCCAUUGCUGAUGUUACGAUUAAUUUGAAGGAAUUGCCGCAACAAUCAAAGCAAACUUUUGAAACUAUAUCUGGUUACUCAUCAGAUAUAUCAUCAUUUCCGGACGUAGAUCGGCCGAAUUCACCAUCAGCAGCUGCUGGAAUAGCGAUCACAUCUCGGCGUUAUUCUCUUGCCGAAAAUAUAUCCAGCAAACAAUCAACCGAAUGUAAUGUACGUCAACGACAGCAACAACGACAGCAACAACAACAACAACAGCGACAACAACAACAACAGCAACAUCAGCAACAACAACAACAACAUCAGCAACAACAACAACAACAACAACAACCAACCAAUUCAAGAAAAAUGCAUCAAUCUAUGAAAUUCAUAUCAAAACUUCCCACUACAAUUCCAUUUCAAAGGAUCUCAUUCGAAAAACACCAAAUUUUAUAA